AAAGUUUAAGUUCCUAAAAAACAACCAUUCGUGCCACGUUUACAUCACUAAGUGCUGCAAAAAUAUACCUCGUCAAAUUACACGUAAGACAAUCAUUUCAUUCACAAUUCACAUCGGAUCGGUAACUUUGUGAGCAGUGGGAGUGGGGCAGUGGUUAGGCUUUGUAUGCCCUGUUUGAUUCAGUUUUUUUUGGAAGUGCUUCGCAUCCAGUUGUGACGUUAAAGCGACCGAAUACCCCAGUCAUGAAUGAAGCACCAGAAACCAGUAAAAAACGUCAAAAGACGUUCCAACAAUAACAACCAAAACGGCACUACAACUGCCCCUGCCAAAUGCUGUCUUCUGAAUCACGAAAAAUGCACCGAUCUGUGCCUACAAGUGGCGACGAAUGUGACCGAACAGAAGCAUCAUGUAACGCGGGAGACAAGGGGCAAGAAUCUGGGCUUGUGCCGCGGUUUUCGGGGCUGCACAGUUUGGCUGACAGGACUGAGUGGCGCUGGCAAAACGUCCAUUGCCUUUGAGUUGGAGGCAUAUCUGGUGUCGCGUGGCAUACCCGCAUAUGGUCUGGAUGGGGACAAUAUACGCACCGGUCUGAACAAGAAUCUGGGCUUCACGCCCGCCGAUCGCGAGGAGAACAUCAGACGGGUGGGUGAGGUGGCGAAGCUGUUUUCGGAUAGUGGUGUCGUUGCCAUUUGCAGUUUUGUGUCGCCCUUUGCCGACGACCGUGAGAUGGCGCGUAAAAUCCACAAGGAUGCGAAUCUGAAGUUCUACGAGAUUUUUGUGGACACACCGCUAUCGGUUUGUGAGACGCGCGAUGUCAAGGGCUUGUAUAAGAAGGCACGCGAAGGUGUGAUUAAAGGAUUCACGGGCAUCACGCAGGAGUACGAGCGACCACAGCAACCGGAACUGGUAGUUAGCACGGAUGGCUACACGGUACGUGAGUCCACCCAGAAGGUUGUGGAACUGCUCGAGCAGGAAGGAAUCAUACCACGCUCGUUACGCGAUGUAGACUUACUGCCCGAACUUUAUCCGGCGGAGGAGACGGCCAGCCAGGCACUGCUCAAGGAAGCGGCCACAUUACCGGCCCUGCCUAUCACAACCGUGGAGCUGCAGUGGGUGCAGGUGCUAUCAGAGGGUUGGGCAUAUCCACUGCGCGGCUUUAUGCGCGAAGACGAAUAUUUACAGACGCUGCACUUUAAUACGCUGCUGAGCGGCCUGGACGGCUCCUAUCGGGAGAAUCACUCCGUGCCGAUUGUGUUGAGUGCCAGCGCUGAGGCUAAGGAGCGUCUGGAUGGUGUGUCUGCGUUGACCCUCCAACACGAGGGCAAGCCAGUGGCGAUACUGCGACGCCCGGAGUUCUACUUCCAUCGCAAGGAGGAGCGCCUCGCUCGCCAGUUCGGCACCAGCAAUCCAAACCAUCCAUACAGUAAGCAAGUCUAUGAGGCCGGCGAGUAUUUGGUCGGUGGGGAGCUGGCAGUAAUCGAACGCAUAAAGUGGAACGAUGGCCUGGAUCAGUACCGGCUGACUCCGAAUGAGCUGCGCCGUCGCUUCAAGGAACUGAAUGCAGAUGCCAUCUUUGCUUUUCAGUUGCGCAAUCCCAUACACAAUGGCCAUGCGCUCUUGAUGCAGGACACCAGGCGUCAGUUGUUGGAGCGCGGCUUUAAGCAACCCGUGCUAUUGCUGCAUCCACUCGGCGGCUGGACCAAGGACGACGAUGUGCCGCUUGAUGUGCGCAUGGCACAGCAUCAGGCGGUUCUCGAUUCGGGCGUCCUGCGUCGUGAGGACACUGUGCUGGCCAUUUUUCCAUCCCCCAUGAUGUAUGCGGGGCCCACGGAGGUUCAGUGGCAUGCCAAGGCACGCAUGAAUGCCGGCGCCAAUUUUUACAUAGUCGGUCGCGAUCCUGCCGGCAUGCCCCAUCCGGACAAGCUGGCCUAUCCCGAUGGCAAUCUGUACGAUGCCACGCAUGGAGCACGUGUCUUAAAAAUGGCGCAGGGUCUCGACAGCAUGGAGAUUUUGCCCUUCCGCGUGGCCGCCUACGAUAAGACUGCCAGUCGCAUGGACUUUUUCGAGCCGAAACGUAAGGAUGACUUUGAAUUUAUUUCGGGCACAAAGAUGCGGACACUCGCCCGAACGGGAGCCAAUCCGCCUAAUGGUUUCAUGGAGCCAAAGGCUUGGCAGAUACUCGCCUCAUACUACCAAAAACUGCCCCAGACGUAACGCGCUCAGCUGCUAAAAACUGGUUCUCGUGCAAUCCAUUUAGACUAUACUAUAAAAUUGUUUCUUCCACUUAUUGAGGAUUCGAUUGUGUGUCUGUGUCUAUUCUGUAUGUAAUUUGUAACCCUAACAGGAGAUCUUUUUCUCUUUAUGUGUGUAUGUUUAUCUAUCUGCUUUUUACACAUAUACGAGUAUGUAUGUUCCAAUAAUUUGCCUUGUUCCAAUGUUCAUAUCGUACAAUUAAUUGUAUUUUAAUUUAAGCUGUCUACUUACUAUGCAAUUUAUCUUAAGCAAAACGUUAAUGUUUCGUGUUUUUAAAUACUUGUAUAAUAUAUCUGUGCAUUUAAUUAAA